AUGAAAAGUUCAUUCGAGUGUCGCGCGGGUUAUGCGUCCUCAAAGGUGCCCCAUCUUUGCUUCAGAAAUCUUGUUCACAAGCAUCGCCUUAAGAAGGGUGAUAUUUCCGUCGGUAAUGACAUAACUUCACUUGAUGAUGUGAGAUAUUCCCUCAAGUCUCCAUUCGAUAGGAAUCUUUCCAUUCAUAUCGACGUCCAGGAGCAUAUAUUUGACUAUAUUUUUACAAAACUUGGAAUCACAACUUCAACAAUAGAAAAUCCAAUUGUUUUAAAUGAAACAAUUUGCAACCCUAAUACAUGUCGCAUGCGUACAUAUUGA